UCAAAAUGGCUGAAAUGACACCUUUGCUGAUCGGUGUGGGAGUCACAGCGGCGUCCCACCCUAUGGGAUACGUUAAAGUUCUCAUACAGUGUGGUCAUGAGCCACUCCCACCCCAGAUAGGGAGAAAUAUCUUUGGACGCUCGCAGAUGCAGUUACCUGGACUAUUUGCUUACAUUAAACAUAUCAAAUCUGUGGAUGGAUUCCUUGGUUUGUAUCGAGGCUUCUUUCCCAGGCUGUGCAGUGGACUCACUGGUAGUCUUGUGUCCUCACAUGUUCAGGAACAACUUAGUGAUCCAAAUGAGGAUGAUUCCACUAAGAAGAAUAAAUUUAAAAAUAAAUCACUGCAAGCAAUGAUGGAACAGUCUGCCAAAGACACUGCUGCUCGUUUUGCAGCGAUACUUGCCAGCCAACCAUUUCAUGUAAUCACAGUCCGGUGUAUGGUACAGUUUGUUGGUAGAGAAACUAAAUACAAUUCCUUAUUUGGGUCUAUUAGAGAAAUAUACAAUGAGGAGGGAAUUCUGGGAUUUUUUGCAGGUCUAAUACCUAGAUUGUUGGGUGAAGUUGCUUCACUGUGGUUGGCUAAUACAUUAAUGUAUAUAAUUAAUGCUUACAUUUUGGAUGAGGAGAUGUCCAAUGUAAAUGAACUCAGAAGUUAUUCAAUGGCAGUCACUGGGUUUUUCUCUAAUAUGAUAUGUUAUCCAUUUGCACUGGUGGGCAAUAUAAUGGCUAUUAACAAUUGUGGCCUUGCUGCUGGUGAGCCACCUAAGACUUUGGUAUAUGCUGACUGGAGAGAAUGUUGGAGGUGGCUGAGUAAAGAGGGUCAAUUGAAGCGUGGUUCAAGUUUAUUCUGGAGACCUUACCGAUCACCAGCACAGUACUACUAAAAUAACAACAAGAUGAAAUAACUUUUUUUUUGUAAAUAACUAGAUCUAGCUCUUUGUAGAUUACAUAAUUUAACACUUCAUAUUUUUGAGGUCUGAAUUCUACUCAAUGGUCAUUCAAUGUCAUCAGGUAUAGCAAAAUAGGGUAAGAUAGUGAAGCGCCCUCUAUAGUUAUUAGAACGCCCUCUUGUGGCCAAGAUCUUUUUUUUUCAAAUUGACUAAUCAUGCAGAAAAUAAAGUUACAAAAAUAACCAUUUUAUUUGAAUUGCCCGGUGUCUUAUUAAAUUGUCUUUAUUUUUUUUUAUGGUCCACAAAAGAUGUUGGGAUGCUUUGAAUGCAGAGAUGUCUGAGGUAAUUAUUUAAAACUGAAUAGUGUGUACACCAGUCUGCUUGUUUCAGUAGUCUCCCAAUUCUGCAAAAGCCAUGUGAAUGUUUUUAGUCUGAACAGUCAGCUGGCUUUUGAGAAAGUGUACAGUUUUCUUUGCUCGGGAGUAUGUUGCUAGUGUUUAUUACUGAAUCAAUGUCACUGACUACUUGACCAUACCAACCCAUCCUGUCUCAGUAACACUUAAGCUUUUCACCGGCAGACUUUCUCGCCACAAUUUUUCUGCACUUUUUUUUAUAUUCUUCACUACUUUUGGAAAUAAACCCUAAUUUUGUUGCCAACAGACAAAAUUUAAGUCAAUUUUCAGUUUUUACUCCAAAAAUGUGGCUAUUUGCAGACUAUAAACAGGACUAUUUUGUGAAUUUGUGACAAAAAUAGAAAACUGAUGGUGAAAAGGUUAACAAUAACCCACAAACAAACCUAGAUUUCUGGACUCGCUAUCAUAUGUGCAACUCUGUCUGUUCAACAUAUACAUGAAUGUAGAAUAUUACAUGUUUCUUGUCCAAAACGUAUUGAUUGCUGAGUAUUCUUGGAACAUGUAACGAAGUGUUGCACUGUCUCAUCUACAUUGAAAUGUCUGUAAAAUAAACCUUGUUGCAUAUGAUAUAAAAUUAAAAUAUUCCAUGAUUCCAUCAUCACAACAA